GGACACAACCUCGACGGACAAUGGCGGGCCUCAACCCCCUUCCACCUUCGCACGUCCACAGUACCACCCGCCUCUCGCACGCCCAAGCGCACUCCUACCUCUCUUCUUUUCUCGACCAGACGGAGAUCGACGCGGCGUACCGUCCGGACUCGACGCUCAGCGAGCGUGGCCCUCAAGCCGUCAGCACCGGCUCCAACCCCAACCUCACCUUGCACCACCUCAAGCGCAUCUUGCAGGGCAUAGAGGGGAAACAAAUCAUUUCCACUCUCGAACUCGAACCUGAUGGCGCUGGCGCUGCCGACGCCGACGCUGGAGGGGCAGCCACCACCUCCACCAAACGUCCUCACGGCGCAGACGACGACAACGCCAAAAGUGCAAAACGUCGUCAAAUCCACGACUCGGAACGAGGUCGCGCGGGUCCCACUGACGACGAGGGAGACGAACCGGCCAUAACAGCCACCGAAGACUUGGAAGACUGGCAAGACGCAGAGGAGUAUGCCCUGGCCCAGACGGAGGACAAUCUGGAUUUGACGAACGAGGAUCGACAUCCUGGCGCGGACCUGCCUGAGCCCGUCGACGCAGAGGAAGAAGCAGAACUAUUGAACGUCCAGGUUGAAGAUGACGCGGGCGCGGACUCGGACACAAACGCAAGGAAACCUUCAUCCAGUAAAAAGGACAAGGACGAAAGAAAGAAGUUGAAGAAGCAGCGCAGAAAAGAAGAAAAGACUAAGUCCGCAGAAGUCAAGAGACGACAAGCCACCAAAGACUGAAAGGAGUCGUUUUACACAUUUUAACAUCCUUUUCCUCCCUUCCUUUGGAGCGACCAAUGGCUUUGCUUUCAUCGUCCAGUAUCCUACUCUAUUGGAAAAAAGUAUAUCACCCAGACAUGCAGCUUCUCAGCAUGCAUGCGAUUUGAUGCAACGACUCAAGAUUGACAUUCGCCAAAGUCGAAAAUGCCAUCCUGUUGCAACUAUCUGUCAAGAUUGCCAGCAUGAUAACCCAGAUCAGACCAAGACAAUUGCUGGCUAGAAAGCUUGCAGUGUAUCUGUCUUAAUCCACUCCUCCAUAUCUCAUCCUUGCUGUAGACCAGCAAGACAAGGAAUUCACAAUUCUCGGUCCGUUGCUUUCACAACAUCCGCGUCCACCACUUUCUCGUCCAGCUCGACAACCUUGCCAUUGGACGAUGGUUUGGAACUUUUCCAGCCCAAGGCAGCCAGUCGCUCAGCCAAGAUGGGAUGGCUGUAAUGGUAGCUAGCAUACAUCCAGUCCGCGUCCAUUGUGCUGAGAUUCUGGACUUGGAGCUUGAUUAAACUCCUCGCCAGUUCCUUUUGGAAACCAAGGUCGACUGCAAAUUUAUCGGCUUCGAACUCGAACUUACGAGAGAGGACAUUCAUCAAGAGUUUUACAACAGCAUCCAUUGGACUCAAGGCAUCAGAGAAGAGAAUGAAUCCGAUGAUGAUAGGGUGCGAGUUGUGGAAUCCAAAGGACGAGUACAAAGAAUUGUUGUCGAUGAAGACGCUGAACAGGGCAAAGAUGUAGAACAUGUGGAACUAAGACAUGAUUAGUCAAUGAGAUAGG